AUGGGCGACGCUAGGACAGGUUCAACGCAGCCAGGCCAACAAGUGAAUUCGUCACCUGCUAAGAAGGAAUCUAUGGGAGGAGGACAAGAAGCAAAGAACACUCAGUGGGACUCAAACAAUAGCAAAUGGGACUCCAACAAUGGCAAUAAAUCGAGUUCUUCGGGCGAUCAAGGAUCCAGCACAAAUAGCAGCAUUCAUGAAUUGUUCGGUAUGUAG